AUGCAGAUCCAGCCUUCUGCUGCCUCCUUCAACGCUGCCAGCACGGGUCAGCAUUGGGAGACGGCCCUUCAGCUGUUGCAAGCUGCCAAGAUCAACGGGAUCAAGGCCACCUCCAAAUCUUUGAUGGCUCAACUGAAAGCAUCCGAAAAAGGAUCCCUUUGGCAGGACGUUUUGGCCUUGAUGAGAGGCGAUGUGCAGCUGGGCAUUGCCAUCCGUGCAUGUCAUCAGGCCAGCCAAUGGCAACGUGCAUUGACCUUGUUUUCUGAGAGAUGUGCAAAAGGAGUGCCGCCAGUGGAACUUUGGAAUGCGGCAAUGGCUGGUCAGGAAAACUGGCAACACACACUGAUGCUCUUCGAAGGCUUGCAAAGGGUCUUACCUCCUGAUGCCUUUUCCUGCAAUCUGGCGAUGAAAGCCUGUGAGAUGGGUCAACAUUGGCAGGGCACCUUGACCUUGCUUCGACAGAUGCUCCAACUGCAGCUGGACGAUGUGUUGACAUAUCACAUGGUCAUGACGACCUGCAUGGAGAGUUGGAGAUGGGAAACGUGCCUCAGCCUCUUGCAGGAUCUGGAAAGCAGUGGUUCUGAACCAGGCUUGAUGACCUAUGGCCCUGCUGUUGGUGCCUGCUUGCGGACCUUGCAAUGGGAGCAUGCACUUCUACUAGUGCGGCAUUUGUGGGCGAAGACUUUGACACCGGACACCACCAUGUGCAACGCCGUGAUCACGGUGUGUGAACGAUCUGGAAGAUGGGCAUGGGCUUUACAACUUCUACAAGAAAUGGGUUGCAGUGGACCUACACCAGAUGUCACUACGCGUAACGCGGUGAUCAACGCCUGUGCCACCGGCAGCUGUUGGGAGGCUGCGCUCGCUGCGCUCGCUGCGCGAGCGCAGGCGCUGGGCCUCCAGAAAAAUCUUCAGGGCCCUGGAGCAGGUGAAGCACUGGGUGCGGCGCUGAGAGCCUGCAGCUUGGCCAUGCGCUGGCGAGAGGCCUUGGAGUUGCCAAGAAGGACUUUGGUCUGUCACUUCGCCGUUUUGGACGCCUGUUGCCGCUCGAAUCGAUAUCUCGAUAUCGCCCAGCUCCGGGAGGAAACAGGCAAAUCCUUGGUGGCAACUUCCAAAGAGGGAGGUGACCACAGCGAAAGCGUCAUGGCAGCCGUGAUGGAAGAGCUCCAAGACCUGGGGACUUUUGGUGAUGAGGUGGCUGCAGUGGGCGCUUUCCAAGCACCGGUCACACGGAGCCUUAUGAGCCUUAUGGCCUUGACAAGGGGGGAAAUCCUUCAAGUGGACCUCGGUGGAGAGAUGGUCCUUCGGGAUCCCUUUCUGGAGCGGCAAUCCAGCUUAGGCCCAUUCUUUGUCCGGAACUUCCUGUCCAAUGUGGGAUUUGGUCCUGAAAAGGCCUGGCUCGAAGAUGCGCGUGCGAAGAGUCGGAGAAUCAUGGAGGUCGGGACCUUCGCAGAUCCCAUGGCGAAAGAUAUCCUUGCCUAUGUGGCGUCCAACCUUCAUCACCGCGGUGCCGGUCGAAUCGGAGGAUACCGAGCAGAGUGCUGGAAAGCUUUGCCUGCGGUACAUGUGGAGCACCAUCGCUUCCCUCAUGCAGAACGGCAGGCUCUGCUAGAUCUCCUGCGUUCGUUGCGAUGA